UUUUUUAGAUAAUCAGCAGACUCAAUGGAUUUUUCUAGUUUUUGCUUUGAUUGCUCACCAGCCUGUUGGAAAAGGCUGUGAUUUUUGUUCUAAAUGUCUGAGACCUCAGAAAACCAGCAGAGCUACGAGGAGCUGUUUGCUCACAGAUUUACAUCAGAAGACCAUGAAUACCAACAGUAUCUGAAUCGUCCAGCUGAUCCACCACCAAUUGUUGAGGACUGGCGUGGGCGUGGAGGGGGAAACCAGAGGGGCCGAGACAGCAGAUAUCAGGACCGCCGAGGCUCUAGAGGCCGUGGUUGGGGAGAAGACAGGGGAUGGCGAGGGGACCGUCGUGGACAGCAGCACUGGCAUGAGAGAGAUAGGAACUGGGGGCAUGGCAGUGGAUAUCAGUCUGGGCCCAGAAGCUCCAACCAAGGAUACAACUCCCAUCACCAAAGGCCAUAUUAUGAUCGAUAUUAGUUGUUUGGAUUUGCCAGUAUUACCUGUCUCAUGAGUUUGGCUAUAUAUGCGUUUAUGGUAGUAUUCAAAUGUUCCCCUUUGUCAUAAGUGAUGUCAUUCGCAUCAAGUGUUAAAUGGGCUGUCUGGUGUUAUGAUUAUAGUGAAGAUGCAUUGUGGAAGCAGGAAGUUAUAGUAAUGAUUGAAAUAUGAAUUUAAAGAACACAUGUAAUGAUGUAUUUUUAUCUUUGAAAUAUUAAUACAUGAAUUUGCAGAUUGUUUUCUGUUGCUCUUAUUAUAUGCGUUUUUCUAAUAAGGCUGUAUGAUGUCAUCAGAUGAUACGUUUCUGCAUCCACUUUAAAGCUGUCAACCACUUGUUUUACAGUCCUAUAAAAAUGUUCUUGAUUCAUUAAAUUCCUAUUUUUCUUUCAA